AUGUCUCUCAAAGGGGAAGCCCCUGCACAAACUGCUGUCUCGACAACGAGCGUUGCCUUAUCGCAAGGAGAACAUCAAAGUCGUGAUCGCCGAGCUCAAGAUGCUCUUAAGGAUGGCCCUCAGGCAAUUCUGCCAGUCGAUGCGCAAAUGAGCGACACUGAAGACAUUGGCAUAGCCGCCGAGCAGCUGAUUGCCGAUAAAGAAGACUUCCCUCACGACAAGCCUACUCCCAUUUCAAAUGAUGCACGGGAGUUUAUAGGGGCCGAUGUCUGGUGUGACGAGAAGAAAGAAAACAUCACUCGGAACGUUACUCCCAAGUGGCCUCACAACUUGGUCUGGGGCUCAUCUGAUGGGCAUUAUCUCGAUGUAACCUCACAAGACAUAUUUCCAACACACAGCCUGUCUGGGUUUCCGCCCAAAUCCGACGACCCCUUGCCCGGCUUUCAUUCUCAACGGCCUACCACCACUGGUGUGAUAUCCCCUGAAGUAGUCUAUUGCCAUUACCCAACCCUCACGAUUACAAACAUUCAUCGAAUUCCACAAGAGGAUUUCAGUUUUCUUGAACUCCAAGGCUGUCUUAAAGUACCGAUCCGACCUCUACUUGACGAAUUCGUACAACAAUAUUUUCUUCACGUUCACCCAAUCCUACCAGUAGUCCACGAGGGUGACUUUUGGGACCUUUACGAUAAUAAGAGCAGUCACUCACCUAAGGAGCCUAUCGCUCUGCUGCUAUUCCAGGCAAUGCUAUUUGCGGCUUCCACGUUUGUCUCUCAGUCUAUCGUCCGGGCCCUUGGUUACUCGGAUCUCCGAUCAAUGCGGGCUAAACUCCUACGACGCACCAAACUUCUUUAUGACUUUGAAAGCGAAUCAUCGCCUUUUAUCAUCGCUCAGACUUCCGUUCUUCUUUCGACAGCAUCUCUGUCGUCUUCGGGUCAACUAAAUACCAUAUGGUUGAGUCUCGCCAUCGAGAAUGCCAAGCUCGCUGAAGCGCAUCUCUACACAAACAUGGCAUCGGCCUCGUGUUCAAAACAGCGAAAUGCCCUAAAAAGGCUCUGGUGGUGUUGCAUCAUUCGAGACCGCUCCAUGGGCCUCUUACUGAAACGUCCAGUACAAAUCACCAAAGAGCAAUUCAACUUGAGCGACGGUCCUCUAAACUCGAACGACUUGAAAGAUGAGCUUCUGCAAUCGAAAGUUUACUGCCCCUCCACAAAGUGGAAACUUGCCGAGAUUCUCUCUCAAUCGGUUCUACUAUUCAUCAAACUCACUGAUGUUUUGAUGCUUCUAUAUCCACCAAAUGGCAAUCAACAGUUCACAAAGCAGGGGCACGACGACGCUCUGCUUCAGCUUUACGAAUGCAAAUCGGGCUUAAGAGAAUGGCAUUUAGUGGCUGCCUCGAAAUUGCGAAAUUUUCACAGUCACGCUGAGCUCGAGACGUUGCCAAAAACCGAGCACAGCAGUGGGCAUGAUUCAGUCACUCUGUAUACGAACCUCAUGUACAUGUACUACCACACAGCUCGCAUCGUUUUAUGCCAUCAUGAAGCGCUCCAUUUGGGCAUAGGAGGCACUGACAUGGCUUCCCCGCUCGCCAAGGACCAAUCGAGGAUUUCAGAGAUGCGACGUGAAUUGCAAGACGCGAUUUCGGACGUUAACGAAUGCCACAAAGAGCUACUUCGCCUAGAGCUUACCCAGUGGAUGCCUCACUCAGCUAUGGGAUUCAGUACCUUACCACUAAUACUCAACAUCCUUGACAAAAAGCUAUCGCUGCCAGGGAUAGAGGGCAUCCACCAGUCUUCAACGGCAACACAACAUCAACUCGACGUGCUUGUUGAAUUUAUGAGGGCAUACUGGGCCCGAUUUGACGGCGUCGAUUGGAUCACUGCGAUUGUUCGCCAUAUUAUUAACCUCGCUCAACUGAACGGUUCGAGAUCGCAAAGAGAAAGCACAAGUAUCAAUUGGGCAGAUCUCUUCGCCUUCCAACCUAGGUCAUAUCUUCGCCUAGUCUUGGUAUUGGAUUUGAGUCUCAGCAAAGGUCGACUAGCCCAGGACGCAGAUUUUCCAGUCAGACUAAGAGGCAUGUUCUCCUUUAACCAGAGCCCUUUGAAGGAGCUGUCGGAAGGUCGCCCCAGCCUUGAAAGUCGUAACCCCGAUUUCCAAUGGGCAAGCCAAGCUUCACCGUUUGAUAGCGUGCUGCGUAAUCGAACGCAAUUGCAUGCUCUCGAAAUUGAUGAUUGUCUCAUUAACACUCUCGAAAAUGAGAUUGCCUUUCACCAGUUAACGGACAGUGACCCCUUUCAACACCAAGAAGGGAAGAGGGCAAGUGCCAAGCGCCUGUCGUUGAACCAACCGAUCACGAGUCUUUGGAACAAAUCCGAACGUUUAAACAGCGUAAUCGAAAACUCGGAAAGCCCGAUCGCCAAAAGAGAGGAGAAUGUCGUCUCUAAGGACUGCCAUGGUUCGGACUCUCAGGCUAACUCUGGUCCAGAAUUAGAGGGCACGGCAGAUGAGGAAGUAGUUGAUGGUUUACUUGAGGCAAUUCUUUGCGAAAGCCUCUAUGAAAAUGUUUGA